UUAUAGUAAACUCGAUGAAGAAUAACUGUAUUACAGAAGUCCCUUAUCGCAGUCUCUCGGGACGGAGGAGGAGGCUCGCGCGGACUCGCCUCGCCAUUCAUCUUAGCUAACUCACCUUUCUCUAACAAUACACGUCACGCUUUAUUAACUUGACCUUUUUCUAUAGGUACAAAAUAAAAUACUUCUGUUGCUCUUAUUUAUUAAUAAGUCAUCACUUAAGUUUCGCAAACAAUUUAUCUUGUGUCCAGUUUAGGGCCGCCGUGCGCCCUUUAAACUUUUGCAAACUUUGCAGAUAUUUAUUUUAUACAUCUAAACUUUGAAAUCCGUUCAUAAAUAACAUGCCAGGACCCAUAAUCUAAUUUAGCUUUGUUUAAGCCAAAAUAGUCAGUUGUUUAAACAGUUUUGUAUUAGUUAUUCAAAGUGUUGGAAAGUAAUUAAAAGAAUUCGCUCCUGCGUUGCUAUUUUCGCUGCGCUCGGCUAUGAGCUUAUCUCUGUCACGUAAUCGAGGCAAGUCGCGUGUGUACAGGGUGGAUUCGAGUCCACUGGUUGAUCGUAUGUGGGGUUCGGUGCUCGCUCUGUCAAGUGUCGUUCCAAGUUGGCGCGGCGAGCAAAGUUUGUGCGGCGUUGUGCCGCCACCCCUCCGCUCAUACCGAUCGAAGUGGGUGCGCGCGCAACACCCCGCGCUCUAUAUAAAGCGCAACCCUCACACCAGCUCCCCACAAUCGCAAGAGGACGCGCGCGAUCGCCCGCUAAGCCGCUCGCCCGGGGCGCCGCUCUUUCUCUUUUCUCUCUUUUUCUCUGUUCGUCUGUCUCUCGCUGAUGCGGCCGCGCUGAGGCCGAUGCAGGCGCCGCCAUGCCGCGCUGCCUCAUGGCCAAGAAGUGGAAGGUGGCCCCGGCGGCGGAGCUGGCCGAGGAGUCCGACGAGGAGAUCGACGUGGUCGGCGAGGGGCGCGGCCGCAGCCCCGCGCCCGCCGCCACCGCCCCGGGGCCUUCGCCCAGAGACCCCGAGCCGACGCUCCUCUACAACGGGUACACCGAGGAGCAGCCUUCCACGCAGUUCACCGCGCAGCUCCCGAGUGAGGUGAGCCAGGCCCCCGCCGGCCCCGCCCCCGCUCCUCAGCCGGCGCUUCAGCCUCUAUCCUAUGCCCUUCUGCAACUCUCCGCCUCCGACUCGACAGACCCGCCCUUCCUCCAGGUACAGCUCCAGUCUUCGCCUGUCUCCCCUCCUCCGCCACCGGCGAGCGGCAAGUCCAUCUCCAUGUGCUACACCAGCACGGGUGCCAUCCUCUCUCUGCCACCCAAGAAGAAAGAUAUCUACCGGCCGUACUGCCUCGUGGACCGAGCGGCACAUCUCAACCGGCCCGAGGAGGACCUCAACGCGGCGCAUGCCAUCCUCGACCUCAGCCAGCACCCCGUGUUCCUGUCGCCGCCACGCGUGGAGCCGGCGCCCCCCGAGCCGCCGCCGCCGCCGCCCGCCGAGCCCUCGCCGCCGCCGCCGCAAUCACCGCCACUGCCUCUGCCGCUCCCGCAGCCGUCUGAACAGCCCACGCAAGAGCUCUCCUCUGAACGACCGCGAGAGACUAUCGCAUAUACAUAUGAUGCAUUUUUCGUGAGUGAUGGCCGCUCCAAAAGGAGAAAUUAUGCGAAUGCUCCGGUCGAGACAGUACCGCCACCGGAACCCAAAUCAAAAUAUACGUGCAGUGAAUGCGGCAAGCGGUACGCGACAUCGUCGAACCUGUCGCGACACAAGCAGACGCACCGCAGCCUGGACUCGGUGGCGGCCAAGCGCUGCGGCGAGUGCGGCAAGGCGUACGUGUCCAUGCCGGCGCUGGCCAUGCACGUGCUGACGCACCAACUGUCACACGUGUGCGGCGUGUGUGGGAAGUUGUUCUCACGACCGUGGCUACUGCAAGGACACCUGCGUUCUCACACGGGAGAAAAACCUUAUGGCUGCGCGCACUGCGGCAAAGCUUUUGCGGAUCGAUCGAAUCUGCGUGCACACAUGCAGACACAUUCAGCAGAUAAAAACUUUGAGUGCACACGAUGCCACAAAACAUUUGCACUCAAGAGCUACCUCAAUAAACACCAAGAGUCAGCGUGCGUGCGCGACGACGACGACGAGUCGCCUUCGCCCGAACCUGCCGCGCCCGUCUCCGCGUCCGGCUAAGGGCGACACCGCGCGACGCAACUAGGGACCGUAACCACCGCCGAAUGGUUAACUCGUAAACGUAAAGUAUUAAUAUGAAUUUAGCUUGUUAGCGUAAUAUAUAAAAUUUACAAUAUGAAAGAGGAGCGAGCGCGUCGGGCGGACGCCCGCCGCGCGCCGGACGCGCCGCGACACAUCGAGCAACGUUUCGCAUACAACGAAUCACGUACGACCCCGUAGAGCCGCGGCCGCCGCCGCCGCAGGCCAUAGCGUCACACGUCCCGAUAGCGGUAACUUAAUAUUAAAUAUGUAUAUACUCGUCGAUAAAAUAUACCCUUAUAUACAUACAUGUAUUGAAAUAUGAAUGAAAACUAAUAUCUUUUGUAGGUGAUUUUUACAACCGCAAAGUAGGUUAGAGUAUUAGCGUGUAAGUUUAGUGUCGAGAUGCGAGAGCCGAGCGCCGAGGUCGCGGGUGGAGGGCUGCCUCCUCCGUCUCGGUGAGGAACUUGCCAAAACUUUCCGUCCGAAGCUCCGCACACACGCCGCCGCAGCGCCGCAGCGCCGCGCGAGCCCGCGACAGUGCCUUACCUCUCGCCGCACCGCGACACCGUCCCGCCACGCACGCUCUACUUCACUGUCUACUUACAACCCGCAUUACACAACCGUGGAUUGCCGGGACUUUACUAAAAUAACUCCGUAUUAUCUCGUCGCGAUUUCAUAAAAUUAAAAAUAAUAGUACAAUUUUCGUCCAGUUGACUUUAGUACCUGUUAAACCAAGAAUUAAUGAAUACAAUAAAAGAGACUUUUAAGGAUAAACUCGGAAAAUAUGUGAGUGUCGGGGCGCGUGGAGUGUGGGGCGGGGGGCGGUCGCCCUGUGGCGGCAACAGGGGCAGGGCCGCGCACCACGGCGUGCAAGCCUUUAGUCGAGCGUGUUUCUUUAGGUGACAAGUCAAACGUAACUGGCAAUAAACUAACUUAGCAUAAGGUAGCAUUAACUUAGAGUAACGAGGCGAGCACGAGGUGCUCGGUAAGAAAUGGGUAUUCGAAAAGCAAUAAUAAUGUAGGCAUAAAGUCGCGCACCGCUGUCAAAUAGACGCAGCAGACUAUUCUAUUAACCCCGUAGUGGCGUAGUACAUAGCUGUCCCGACAUCGGGCUCCCGGGCUGUACUCGAAGCGCGUAACAAAGUAGCCAGUACGCUAUGACGCGAGUCGUAGGGAUGUAGCAGCUAGCGAGUAGUGAGUGGCGGCGUCGAGUGCCGCCCGAGGGACCGAUCACCUCCCUAGUCUAUUAGUUAGUGCCUCGAGUCAAUUCGUCGUUGGUGUUUCUUUAAACCCAGUCAAUUAAAAUAUAUUUUAAAAGAGUCCCGGUAUUAAACGUUUUUGCGAAUUCCGUUACAAAACUUUCGGAGAGAACGAAAAAAAUUGUUUUUACCUAAAUUAUGGAUUAGAAUGGUUGCAAUUAAACAACGCAUUUGCGUGAAAAAUAUAUAGUUUUAGAAACGUGAAGGAAACGUUGUGCCGUCACAAAUUCAAUUACAUUGAAAUGAUAUUUGGAAUGCUUAAAAAUUACAUUAUUUACGUAUUAAUACUAUAUAAUUCUUUACUACGUAUAUGUCCUUAACUAUUACAUUUAUUUGUAUGUUUCAAAACUAUCCCUUCGUAUAUUUAUAGGAAUGAUUCAUUUGAACGACAGGGCUGCCCGCAGAGGCACUAAACUGAACACUAGUCAUUAUAUUCCUUAUCCAACAUACUCCUACUUGUAGCUGUAGUGCCACAUUUUAUCUACUUUCUUAGUACUAUAGUUCUCUUCCCUUCGUAACAUAAAUUAACCCUUUGAUCGCCGACUGAUUAGUCUACGUAAGACACUUAAUCAUUAAUAUAUUAAAGAUAUUGAUAAUAUAUUAAUAAUAGUAUAGACGGUGUACAUUCGCGUACAUUGUACCGACGCGGCGAUCAUGUGGUUACAAAUCAUAUACCUAAUUUUUAUAAACAUAGGGUAUGGCAGACAAAGGUGACGCGUAAAAAGCAAUAUUAAUGUAAAUCAAUAAGCAAUAUUAAGUAGAAAUUAUUGGUUAUUAAUAAAAAAAUGUAGGUUAUUAGAUAUUUUGGUGCUUUGGAGUUAUAUUAAACUAAAUUGAAACGAAAUUAACAUCGAAUAUUGUGUAAUUUAUUGUUGUAAGUAAGAGUGAUCGAAUCUUCGGUUCAAAACAAGUUGAUCUCGGUUUUCUAUAACCUACUGAUUUUCACUACCUUUCUACUUCUUUCUAGUGUCUAGCCUUACACCUAGUCUAGUUGGUCUAUAUACUCCCUCUAAUACUCCCUUCUUCGAGGAAUCCUUUCAUAUUAUUCUUCUUAGCUCUCCCUACUGGUCUUAAGUAGAAAACUUGCAAAUUAAUUGCUUUUAAUGAUAAAAAAUAAAAUUAAAACGAAGAUAUUUUAUUCAAAUAUUUAUACUAACGUUAUUGUAAUUGUAGCGGUUAUACAGAUAAGUAACUAACGAGUAAUAUUAACGAAACCAACUUAUACUAUACAAAAAUAUAUAAUAUACAUUGUAAUGUAAAUAUGUCCCUGUGUACCAAAUUUCCCUUCUUUACAAUUUUUGUAGAUGUAGUAUUAAUGAAUUACCUUAACAACAUAGUAUUAUACAAAUACUAUAGCGACGGCAGAGAACCGUCAUCGUACCUACUAAGUCCACCUUUAGACUUGAUAGUUUACACUCUAGAAUGUUAUCUACCUGUUAAAUUGUGCACGUACGUAACCAUUCUUUUUGAUUAAAACAUAAAAAACAUCAACCAAAAUUUUGUUUUAUCCAAAAGCUCCAUUUUCUUUAGUCGAGUAGACAGAAGUUAUAUAAAUAAAAUAAUAUUGUUAAAACUAUUUUAACUAACCAAGCUCUAGUCACGCGAAAAAUGUAUAUUAUUACGUAAAAGAAUAUAAAUCGACGACUUCGAAUUGAUCAAUAAGUUCUCUAGUUAAAUUAAACACAGUGAUAAAAUAAAAAAAAAUGUCCAAAUUAGCAAUACGAUAAGCAAUAUUAAUUAGGCUAAUCUCGAAGCUGUAAACGAAGUUAGGCUUAGAAAUUAAAUUAGAAACGACAAAAAUAUUUAUGAACGCAAAACACGUAUUUACGCAACAUAUUUUUUAAAAGCACUUGGGAAAUAUAGGGGCGCGGUUACGUGUUAAUUAAAAAAAAUAACCUGCAACUUUCUCGUUUUUCAUACGUUUGAAAAAGCUUUACCAUUUCAGCGUUUCGCUGGCACAGCUCGUUUAGCACGUUUGCCGUCAACUUUUAUAUAAAAUAUUUUACAAGACCAGACCCAUUUUAGGCCAUACAUACUCAAUUAACUCAUCAAUUUGUGCCGGCGAACUUUGAUAGGAUUCGCUUGCCUCGGAAAUGUGGUUUACCGCAUUAAAAACAGAGACGAAUUGCGGUAAAGCAAUUAAAUCCGAGCAAAUGGAAGCGUUCAAUAUGGCUGCGUAUUGGCACGCUUCAGCACACGCCUGCGCUCCCACUCAUUGCAUCGAGCAUCCCGAUGCAGUUACACUAUAAGCUGGCAGCAUCGCGUCUGCCGGCUAGUGUACUAAUCAGGUUAAACGCCAGCUUCCUCUCAUCGCACUUAGCCCAAUACAUACCUACUACAUCUACAUCAAUAAACCUAACAUCGUUUACAGACGGUAUACCAUAUUUCUAGACAAUUACUAUGAUAGCAUAUGGCAAUAAUGUGACUAAUAUUAAGAAAAGCAAUAUUAUUUUAUUAAAUUUAUUUGUGGGACGCGGAAACUGAACUCGGCUAAAUAAGUAGACUGGUAAUAAACGUGAUAUUAUUAUGAUGUUUUAUAAAAUUUCGUUGUUUCUAUUGCUUAGGGUAAUAACAAAAAAAAACAAGUUUUCAUUUGUAAAAGGCAUUUACUAUUUUUAGAAUGUCGUUGUUUUUAAUGAAAUCGAUUCAUGAGAAUGUUCAAUUAGAUAUGGGCUAGUAGCGUAGCGGGUUUAUAUCACCGAGACUCAUAUAAAAGUAUAAAAGUUGUCUCGCUAUUCAGCAUGUCGUCGGUGGCUACGGCUACGGGCGCGCUACGCCGUAGUAAAUCACUACGAGUGCUGUAUUUCGUAGUCGCGAUGCAUUUUAUGCUGACGUGACGGAGCAAAAUGCUGCAGUCACUAUAAUGGAAAAUGUUUAUCUAUCAUGGAAUCGAUAAAAACCUCCUUAGGAACAAACUGAUUCUAAGAAUUGAUAUUUAUAAACUAACAUUAAAUAACAUGAAGCCAUAAAUAGGUUUUGUCAAUGUUGAAAAAUUUAUAAAGACUUAAUAGCAAAAAAGGGAUAAACGACAGAUUUAUAUCAUUUAAUUGAUGGAAUUAGUGCUUUUGCACGAAAACAUAGCAACUUCAUACAUUUUGCUAUGUAUAAAUUCGAAGUAUUAUUGUUGUUAAUUAAGACUGAAUAUCAGGAAAAACGUUAUUUUGACACAAAAUUGAAUACCCAUAACUUUUUAUGAGCUAAACGAUUAAUGAAUUAAGCCCCAUCUCGUUUGUGAAACUAUCAACAUACGACUGUCAGAGCUCAUAUUACUUAAAAAAUCAUUUUUUUAUAAAAAAUCGUACAUAAACGAAUGUGCAAAUAUCUGUCGGUUAAACUUUUUUUGCAUUUAAAAUGUGGCUAGAACAUCGAUAAACAUUUAACUGAUAACAACGAAAUAGUCGUAUAAAGGGCUUUAUAACUGUUUGUUCAAUUAUAAUUGAGGCAAAAAUAACCUCAACUUUACACAAGGAGUUAAGAUACAAAAAAUAUUCAAGCAAUAUUGUGAUAUAGUACAAGCUAAGAAAUGAUGUCGGAUUAUUUACACCUUUUAUCAUUCAGAGCAAUAACAAAAAUGUAAACAAAAUAAAAUUGAAAUUAAACUUAUUAUUGUUUCGGUUUUCACAAUCUUUGAGAGCAUAAAUAAUCAAUUUUAGGUACACGGAAAAUUAAUAUGAUAUUUUUUCUUACUAUUGAAUAAAAUGUGCUCUUAAAGUAGCACGCUUAUAUGGCAUUAAAAUCGAGUUAUCGGACAAAUGUCGCAACUAUAAAAUCGUUCGUCGACGGUUCAAAAGAAAUAUAGUAAAAAGUUGUUAAUUCAGCUAUUAUCGGGUUUUAUAUCGUACAAAACAUAAAUCAACAAUAUUUACAAUCUAAAUAAUCUCCUUGAAAUCGAUUUGAGAUUGAUAGCAAAAUGAACAGCGAACAAAUGUGUAAUCCCUAUAUAACUUCGUCAAAACUAUGCUAAUGGAAAAAUAAGCGUCUAGGAAAAUGAUUGGCAAAACGGCCAAAUAAUUUGGUAAAAAGUGCAAUUGAUAAGACUACAAAAACAUCGGUAAUGGUAAAAUUAUAUUGAAUUUUAACUGAACUUAUAUACAUAAUUCAUUAUCUUGUGAUACCCUUGAGGCUCGCAGCCGAUCAAAUAUUUUAUCAAAAAGCUGCCGUGCUUAACAAAUCCCGGACUAUACUUACUAUUACAUCAAAUAUGGACAUUUACCGUUCUGGUUCUCUACAACCUCUCAAUACUUAACGAUCUACAGCAGUAGUUUCGCUAGAUAUCUCUUUCAAACUCCCGUAUUUUAUUCAAAGUUAAAUUCUCAUCAAAAUUAUUUAUAUUCAAAAAUAAACUAUUAAAGGAUUAACAACGACGUCCGUUGUGUAGGUCCAAAAAUAAAUUUUAGGCCCUUAACAUAUGCGAAUAAGAUUUAGGAACGAAAAGCAAUAUGAAAAUUUAAAGUGAUUAAUAUCAGCAAUAUUAAAUGUAAGAUUUAAACAAUUAUUGAGACAACGAUAUGUAAGAAAUCGAAAAUCGACAACGAAUCGUUUUCAUUUGUAAUUAAUUUGCACAACGAAAGUAUAAUUAAAAUUAUUUAUUAACGCUAGUGAUUUAGGCUAUUCAAAUUAUUCAUAUUUAUUUUAUAGAUGAAAGUAGACAUUUUUGGAAAUCGAUUUAGUCUAAUUAUAUCCGUUUUGAAAACAAGGUUAUAUAAAAAUAUAAUACGAAUGAGCAAUAAUAACAGUACUUUUUGAAUUGAAGCAAGAAGAAACGGUAAAUCUGAUUUAAUAGGUCGAUAAAGUUUAGUGAUAGUGUACGUAGGCUAUAGCAUACUAGUACGUUAAUUGUAAAAUUAUAUGAUAACCUUAGACAGUAGAAAGAAAGGUGAUUACAUAAUGUGAUGCAUCGUAGCGAGUGGGAUAGUAGCGAGUUAGAGUGAGAAACUAUAGUAUCACUGAAAUGAUUGAUGAUUAUUACUGAGUUUGCCUUAUGAAUUUUUAUAUAAGUGAGCUUUGACGUGUACCUAGCGUAAUUGAUACAUUUUGACAAAUUACCCCUCAAGUCAUCAUCGGAAGUAACAAUUUAUAACAUUAUACGUAACACGUGAUUUGAAAUUCCUUUAAGCAAUUUCCCCGACUUUAAAUUACUCUUGUCAGCAAAUUGAGAUUAAACAAAUUAACCAAAAAGCUAAGAUACAGUUCUAUCAUCAAACUCACUUAUACAAAAUUUUUGAUAAAUAUAAAGUAAGAUCACGAAUAUGUAUUACCAAGUUUGAAAGUUUCUACGUAAUGACGUAUUGUUUCAUAGAAUAUCGAUUCCAACAAUAAUUCAUAAUUAAUAAUAACGACCAAAUAUUGAAUGUCACUUUUGUAUUUCUGCGUAUGUAGUUUAUACUCAUAUAAGGUUCACUGUUCACAUUCGUCGUCAGAAUAAAGUUCCUGCAUUGUCUUCGACAUUUUAACGAUAUCUAAUGUUUCAGUGAGCAGUGAUACUUACACAUGACCAAUAACUAUGCAUGUAUAAGGCUUAACUUAUAAUUUCGCUUUAUACUUAAACUUAUUAUAACUCAACAAUAUACCCAUGCCACGUAGUUAUUAUUUUAUGACCCUAAAAUUUAUAUAAUUACAGUAAGUGUAGUAUGUCAAUUUUUUAAUUCACGUAUUCCUUCCUAUUAUGCAAUUAAUAUACCUAAUUAUACCAAAAAGUACCUACAGAGUUAGUUGAUAACAUUGCAUGAAAAAUAUUAUAAUAGCAUAGAAUAAUAAUAAGUAAGCGUAUUGAUGAAUUAUCCCAAGUGUUGUAUUUGGUGAGAAACGACGAAUUUAAUUUGUUUGAAUUGUUUGUAAUGUUGUAAUGUCGGGUGCAGCGAAACUGUUUCUGUGUGAAUUCCGACCUCAGUUGUGAAGCUUUGUCCUCCUCCUCACUUAUUAAACUACGCAAUAACAGAUACUUUGAAGAGUUCAAAACGAAUAUUGUAAAUAAAAUUAUUAUAUCAUCGUGUAUAGUUAUAAUGUAUCUUAUCAAUAAAUUAAGUUUGGUUAAGGUAAACUUACCCAAGUUGUUCUUCCGACAUUAUAACAUUCACCUAAAAUUGUUCCUAAUUUUCCAAAAUGAGUAUUACGUGACUUUACUGCUUAGUUAAUUUGAACUUUAUGUAUUUAAUGUAAACUAAGUACCUAGGGUCCACUGCGUUGUCAUAAUGUAGAUGUUUCCUAGUAAAAUGUAAUGAUAUAGUGACUUGCCUUGGGGUAUUUACUUAUCAGUAUUGAUUUUCAUCUUAUCUAAGUGAAAUGAAUCGCCAAAUCUCCUAACGGUACGUUGUCAUCCAACAUACAAAACUACACACAAAACUGUGUAGUGUUUAAAGAAAUUAACGAAGCACAGAUUAAUUCUGAUAAGUGUUUCACCCUUUAUUUUGUUUUUCUUUCGAAGGGCAAACUGUAAAAGGUCACUCGAAUGAGAAAAGAAAAUGCAGACGACGAACCUUUAUUGUUUGACUUUAGCGAAUAGACUAAAUAAAGAACUUUUUGUUUGUUGAUUAUUUUUCUGAAACGAAUAUUGUUCGGUUAAGUUUGAGUUAUUGAAGUGUUUUUCUAGUCUUGUUUAAUGGUUUCUUGUGAACGUUUGUCGCUAUCGCUGCACAAAUGUAAUGGUGCGGUACACAAUACGUGACGAACGCAAGAAUAUUACUUUACUGUAAUUGCGUGAACCCGCUUGAACAUAGUGUUUUGUGUUGCCUCGUGUGUUUCUUGUACAGAUUUAUUUUCAUUAUACAUAAAAUAAAUUGUAUUGUAUA